GCGCUGUGCCAGGGAGCUCCAGCUGCCUGUGCACGAGUGGCCGCACACGGGACCCGCGGGGCAGUUUGAUGUGGGUGUGGUGGCAUCUUUUGGACGUCUUCUAAGCGAGGAGCUCAUUCUGCAGUUCCCAUAUGGGGUGCUGAAUGUCCAUCCCAGCUGUCUCCCACGAUGGCGUGGUCCUGCACCCAUAGUCCACACAGUGCUUCACGGUGAUAAGGUGACUGGGGUGACAGUUAUGGAAAUAAGACCAAAAAGGUUUGAUGUAGGUCCAAUUAUUAAGCAAGAAGAGGUCGCUGUUCCUCCCCACUGCACGGCACAGGAGCUGGAAGGGAUCUUGGCAAAGAUGGGGGCAAACAUGCUGUUAGCAGUUUUGAAGAACUUGCCUGAAAGUUUAAAAAACAAAAAAGAGCAGCCAAAAGAAGGAGUAACAUUUGCUCCUAAAAUCUCUAUAGCGAAGAGUUGUAUAAAAUGGGAAGAGCAAACAGCUGCACAGAUAAUUCAGCUGCAUCGUGCAAUAGGGAGUAUGUUUCCAUUGCAGACGCUCUGGAAGGGUACUACCAUUAAACUCCUGGAUUUUGUGGAAGUGGAUAAUAUCCCUGGUUUUUCUGAUCAAAUACAAAAUGACUGUGACGUUGUUCCUGGUUCAGUGUUGUUCCAUAAAAUGUCCCAAACAUUGAUAGCUCACUGCAAGGAAGGCUGGGUUGGAAUCAAAACAGUUGUUUUAAAGAAGAAGCUUACAGCAGUUGACUUCUACAAUGGAUAUAUGCACUCUUGGUUCCAGCAGAAUCCAAGAACAGUUCAUCAGGAAUGCAGAUUUCAAACACUCAAACUUAGCAUGGCAAAAAAGACUCUGAAAGAGAGGGGAAUAUUGGCACAGGAUAUAAAGCAAUAAAUGUAUUUCUUUAAUGUCUGUAAGUUAAUAUAAAAUAUUUCAAAGCCCAGCUAUAACAGUCAACUUAAUAAGGGGAUUUCUUCCCAUAGUGUUUGAUCUUAUUGUCAUCUACAUGUUUUCAUGGUGGGUUCCUGAAGAUACUUCUUCUCUUUCCCCAUUAAGGAAGAGAAUCUCCAUGAGUGCUGUAGAUAUUGAAUAAAUCCCUGUUUCCACUGUUGAGAAAUAAAUUUAUUUUUAUACAAUA